AUGUUUCCAGAAUCACAAAUGCCGUUCGAGGAUACUUUAUUUGAAUCAGAAACAAGGAGGCUAGUCGUUCGUAUUAAGAUCGAAUUUUUUAAACGGUCUUCCGAUGCCGGUUUUCCGAGUGAUAUUUGCGAUGACAUUUACAAAAAAUUUAUCGACGUGAUUCGAUCCAACACCGCUGAACUUAAGGCAAUCAAUGCGUUAUAUUUAAGUUCAACCAAAGAAAAAUAUUCGGAGACAUGUGAACAGCUCGAAGCAAAGUAUGUCGUAAAUCUUCAUUCAAGGCUUCUUGGGGAACCUAAAAGACUUGAUAAGAUAUUAACCAAAUGUCGCGUUGACAUUUUGGAUAAAUAUGAUAAAAAAGCAUCAAAAUUUCCAUCAUUCAUCACGAAUGAUUAUCGAAGUGUUUUUCAAUAUCGACUGCUUUCCAGAGACACAGAAUUUGCUACGCAAUAUCGUGCAUAUACGGAACAGUAUAUGGAUGAUUUUAGAAGGAAUGUGGAUGAUCUAUAUAAUCAGAUCUUGUCUGAUUACCAGAUCCAAGUAAAUACAAACUUACCGACAUUUCCGAUGUCGGAAACCGAAUUGGAGUGUGA